AUGCCUACGGGGCCCAGUCAGUGCAGUGGAGGCAGAGUCCAGCAACAGCAAGACAUAGCUCAGACUGGGAGUCUAGUCACUAGUCGGAACAGAUGGAGCACGGUAUCGCCGAGCGAUGGGCAUGAGCCAGGUGCGCAGCGAGCCCGAAAAGGGUUUCCCGCUCUGCACACGGUGCGGAUGCCGCGAUGA